AUGCAGCGCACGAGCGCCCUGACGCCGACGUCGUUCGCCAUCUCCGGCGCCACGCACAUCGUCCCCGUCCUCCCCUCGACACCCGCUGCCCUUGACCCUACGGCCACGCCGGUUAGGCCCCGUCCUCUACUUUCCCCCCGCGCGCGCUCGGCCCCGUGCCGCGCAACGCGCACCGCGCAGUCCCCAACCCCGUCGUCGGCCGCCGCCUCAUGCUCCGUCAUCGGCCGCCGCCACGACGCCGGCCCCCUCCUUUCUUCCCUGUCUCGCCAUAGCCCCGACAGCCUCUUGUCGUUCGCGCCCGAGCCGCGCCCCAUGCUCACCGCGCCCUGCGCCCCUGGACACCCUCGUCGCGCCCUAUGUGAGCGCACAACGACGCCAACAUGCGUGCCCGUGCCCCCAACGCUGCGCUCCGCCGCUGCCCCCUCUGCACCGCUCGCUAGCCCGAUCCCGCUGCCGCGCUGCUGCCCGCAGCCGCUGGUCCCGCGCCCGCCCGCGUGUGUGCCGGCCGCGGCCGAGCCCCCUGCCCCGCCGCCGAGCCCCGCCUCUGCCGCCCGUGUGUGUCGCCCGCCGCCCGCAUGCCCCGCGCUCGCGCGCCAGCAUGCGCCCGCCCGUCGCCGCUCCUGCUACUACCGCGGCUAG